CCCGUGCAUUUCCUCGAAAGAUCACGUAAUGAUGCGCCGACAUCGCGUUCAGGACAUUGCGCCGACGGCCACGACGGCCCCCCAAAUGCUCCACGCCGAUGUGCUGGACCUCAUCGCCGCUCUGUGCUGUCUCUACUGCAUUCUCAUGAGCUUCAUGCACCUGGGUCUGUCCAUCUUUCCGUACAUGCAGCGCUUCUUUGGGUUCGUGAAUCCCAUCUUCACUGCCACCACGUUUGCCAUAUGUGGGGCUGUCCACCUCCGCGGGUGGUGGCGCAUUCGAGCUAGACGCUGGGUGGUCAAUCGAACUGCCAAGCACCUGCGCAACAUCAGCCCCCUGCUCAUUUCGACCCUCGGCCGCCAGCAAGCCAUGUCGACCAAUGAUCGCUCGUACAACGAUCGAAUACGCACCCUCGUGCGUCUCCAGUCGGCGUCCACUGUCACAGCUUCCGACUUGGACGUACUUCGCGAGCACCUGCUACGAGCCAAGCGCGCGUACGAAGGCCAAGGCGUGCGCGGGUCGGCUGUCGUCAUGCUGCUGAUCGCAAAGAUGAAAUGGUUCCACGCGCGGAUCGUUGCUGAAACAUUAUACCAAAAGUAUGAACCAGCUCCCAAAGCACAUCGUCGAGUACGUCAUGUCUGUGCCCUAGGUACUUUGGACCGCGAGGAGCAUUUAGCCGCCAGGGCAUGCACUACGAAGCGCGCCUUCUCGUCCGUGAGUGCAUUGUGCUGCCCAUGCAGUUCUUUCGCGGGUACAACAACAGCAACCACUUGUCGAGUCCCCUCACCACAACGUUUGGGGUCGUGCUGGGCCUGCACUGCAUCGUCGUUGCCCCAUCCUUCGUGUCGAAUCUCAACCUCCUUCCACGCAAUUUCCCGCGAGCGCGCACCCGCCGCGAGCAUCUAGUCGUGACGAUCGUCCUCUUUGACUUGGUACUUGGCGUGGUGCUGCCGUUGUCACUCGCCGUGCCAGUCAUUUACAGCCUCGUGACUUCCCCCACCAUCAUAAGCGACCAAAACUGGGAUGUGUACGCCAUCUCGGUCAUCAAAGCCAUGCUGAUCAUGACAUUCACCGACUUGAUCGCGGCCGUGGCGCCCAUGCUGCUGCUGUAUGUGACACUGCAAAACGUCCACGCGUCCAACGUCGACACGUUUCUAUCGAGUCACGUCUUGGUCACGGCGACGCCACCCCCCAAACGUAAAACCUCGAGCGUUCUCAAGCGAAUGUUCACCGCCUUCUUGCAUUUCGUACACGGAACCCUGUUGUCCUUCUAUCCGCCGCCAUCGUCGUCGUUGUCGUCGUCGCCGACGCUUGGAUCGAAAGUGACCACGCAAGCAACAACCCCGCCAGUCGUCCCACAAGCAUGGACGUCUCCUCCUUUAGAGGUCCCCCUCUUGCUGGCCCCCGAGGUCGUGGAGACGCCGGGGGACCUUCCGCGCUCGUCUCAGCAGGUCGAAACCAUCUCGGCGUUCAACAUUCGAUGCCGUUACUUUGUGUUUGCCGUGUACACUUGCUGCAGCGUCGUGUCGGGAGUCGUCAUUGCUUGGAUCGCCGUGCGGUCGUUCGUGUGGACAUGUGGAGACGUCACCAUGCCCGCGUACGUCCAGUGCGCCCGUCACAUUCGGCCGUGGCACGUGUACCCCCUGUGGUCCCAAGAAUGUCACUGCCAAAUCCUCGAAUUUGACUGCAGUCGUGUGGACACUCCAAUCGUGGACUGGAUACAACUGUACGGCGAAAUGGACGGCUUCCUCGAGUCGACCGCUGCCCCGUUUGUGAACCACCUGACGUUUCGCAACUGCCCCCUGCACGCCCCGCAUCGGCCGUCGCCGCACAUCGCUCGGUUCACGGACCUGUACUUCUUGCAGCUGGCCGCGUGCGGGUUGGACUCGACUGACGUCAUUGACAUGGACUUUAGCAUCUUUUCCAAAAUCCUGUACCUCUCGUUCACGAACAACAGCUUCGCGGACAUUUCUCCAUCGUUUCAGCACAUCCCGCCGCUCUGUUUGGGCAUUUCGUUCAGCUUCAACGACAUGCACAACGCUACGUUUCCCGACUGGAUUGGCCCGGCGUGGGCAAACUUGACCCAGUUGUACUUUCGUCAGGCCAACUUGACAGUGUUUCCGCCGGCGUUCGUGCAGCUAGAGUGGAUCGGCAUCAUUGACCUGACGAGCAAUUCCAUCACGUCAUUCCCGCCGCUGCCGACGGCGUGGGGCUUCUGGAGCCACUUGACCGAGCUGCGACUAGCGAACAACAAGCUCACGUCCGUUCCGUCCGAAUUGACGUCGCUGCCGGCGCUCCAGGUGCUGACGUUGGCGUCGAAUGACCUUGCCGACUGUCCAGCCCCCACCCACUCCAUUUCGACGUACACCAUGGAAGACAACCCAUGUUGCACGGCUCGAUCCGCGGCGUGUCCUGUGGCCUGCCACCCGGCCUGCGAUGAACGUUUCCGCACUUCUUACUAUUGCAUCUUAGAGUGCGCGACACCUGCAUGUAUCCAAGUCGCAGGAAGCACAUGCCAGCAUAAAACCCCAGUGUAAUAAAUAAUCAAAGACAUUUGAAGCAUGUG